AUAGAUAAUGGCAUUGUAAAACUAAGCAUAACAAAUCCAGGGGGGCUGAUUAAAGGAGUAGCAUACGGAGGAGUUGAAAAUGUCCUGGAAGAACAGUUUGAUGAUUCAGAUCGAGGGUAUUGGGAUAUUACCUGGAGAAUGCCUAAGAUCAGCAUGAGUUCUUUCGACAAGCUGGAAAGUUCAAGUUUCAGUAUAAUAACACAGAGUGCAGAGGUGAUCGAAGUUUCAUUCGCAACGAAAUGGAAUCCGUCGCGCCACAACGUGGUUCCACUCAACAUAGACAAGAGGUUUAUAAUGCUGCGUGGUGUCUCCGGUUUCUACUCGUACGCGAUAUUCGAGCACAUGAAGGGAUGGCCUGCUCUGAAAAUUGAUGAAGCAAGAAUUGCAUUCAAGCUUCAAGAAAACAUGUUUGAAUACAUGGCAAUCUCAGACGACAAGCAAAGGAUUAUGCCAAAGGAUGCAGAUAGGAAAUCGGGACAGCAACUUGGAUAUCCAGAAGCAGUAUUAUUGACGAAUCCAAAGAAUCCAAGCCUCAAAGGAGAGGUAGACGACAAGUACCAGUACUCGUGUGACAACAAGGAUAGCCACUUGCACGGCUGGAUCAGCUCGUGGCCCCACCUCGGCUUCUGGCUCAUAACGCCAAGUGAUGAGUUUCGAGCCGGUGGUCCCAUCAAAACAGACCUCACAUCCCACGUCGGCUCUACUUCUUUAGCUAUAUUCUUUAGCACACAUUAUGCUGGUCCAAAUUUUGGAGUAAAAUUGGACGUUGGGGAGACAUGGAAAAAGGUUUUAGGUCCAGUUUUCAUAUACCUUAACUCAGGGUCAGAUAAUAACCCUAAUACCCUCUGGCAAGAUGCAAAAAGACAGAUGUACACAGAAAUGAAGAAAUGGCCAUAUGAUUUUCCAUCUUCAGAGGACUACCCUAAUGCAAAACAACGAGGACAAAUCCGCGGCCGCUUAUUGGUAAGCGAUAAGUACGCCACUACUUCUCCUACAGUCGCAAGAUCAGCUUAUGUUGGAUUGGCUCCACCUGGACCUGUCGGAUCUUGGCAAGAUGAUUCCAAGGGCUAUCAAUUUUGGACACGGACCGAUAAAAAUGGGGUGUUCAGCAUCAGAGGAGUUCGUGCAGGCAUCUACAAUUUAUACGGUUGGGUUCCGGGUGUCAUCGGCGACUUCAGACGUGACGGCGAUGUUGUGAUCAAGCCAGGAAGUGAAGUUGAACUCGGUGACGUUGUGUACCAACCUCUGAGAAAUGGGCCGACGCUGUGGGAAAUCGGGAUCCCUGAUCGCACUGCCGCCGAGUUCUUCAUACCCGAUCCGUCGCCGCGCUAUUUGAACAAGCUAUUUCUCAACGGGAAAGAAAAGUACAGACAAUACGGUUUAUGGGAUAGGUACACUGAAAUAUAUCCUGGAAAUGAUCUUUCGUACAUAGUUGGACAGAGCGACUACAGACGAGAUUGGUUUUUCGCGCAUGUUAGCAGGAAAUCAGAAAAAAAUACUUAUGUAGCAACAACGUGGAAACUAUCAUUCAAUCUUAAAAAUCGCGUGGCCAGAACAGGAAACUACACACUGAGGAUUGCCCUUGCAUCUGCUACCAUCGCCGAAUUGCAAGUAAGAAUCAACAAUCCAGACAGUAAGUCCCAUUUUACGACAGGGGUGAUAGGUAGGGACAAUGCAAUAGCAAGACAUGGGAUUCAUGGAAGAUACUGGCUCUACAGUGUAAAUUUAUGGGAAAAACUGAUUAUCGAUGGAACCAACACAAUCUAUCUCCGCCAAUCAAAAGCCGACAAUCCUUUCACCGGACUUAUGUAUGAUUAUAUUCGCCUCGAGGGGCCAUCUCCUGGAUGAUGGAUGUCUCAAUUCUAUAUACCUAACAUUACAAAUUUACACUAAAGUAUCUUUUCAUUUUUUAUUUUU